AUGUCCUCGACAGUCGACGGCGAGCGGGAAGAUAUUGCAGACAUGGCAGACGAGCAUGCCGUCGACGACGCGCUCCCUCACGACCCUGUCCCAGCCGCCAAGCAACCCGCUCCAGACGACGUGGUCUCCGACACGCCCACGCCGCCCGCCCCGGGUUCGGUGCCAGCAUCAACCACGGUCGACGAGGACGAGCGAGAGGCCGCAGCACUGCACGAGCCGUUUGACGUGCCUUCAGCAGACGACGUGGUGAAGGACGAGCUCGUCGCUGCAGCACCGAUCGCUGGGGAGGAGACAAAGACCGAGGAACGGGCCAUGCCCGACGGCCUCGACCCCAGCCACGAUCACGGCCCCGACUCAGUGCUGGCACCGACGCGCGACGACGAAGACACAGCACCCCUCCGCGAGAUCGGUGUCGAUACGCCGCCCCCAGAUGACAGGCAGUGCCGUAUUUGCCUUGGGGGACCCGACGAGGAAGCAGAGUAUGGACGGCUCAUCAGCCCAUGUCUCUGUGCCGGCAGUAUCCGAUAUGUUCACAGUAGGUUGCAGCGACCACCCGCCAUUCUGACGUACAGUGCAGUGCAUCAACCAGUGGCGAGAAAGGGGCACCAAUGCCGUAGGUUGAGGACUUCAAGGAAAGUUGCUAACUUGCACAGAAAGGCUUCCUCGUGCGGAUACGCGUAUCACAUCCGCCGAACACUGGUCUACGGCCUCGCACGCUCGCGGCUCGCCAUCGUCGCGUUGACGACGUUCCUCUUCAUGACCAUGACCCUCGUUGCGGGCCACUUCCUGCUAAAGUACCUGGUGGCCGCGGCCAUCGAGGCCGACGAUGCCGCCAGAGCAGCCGAAGCCGCCGCAAAGGCAGCAGGUCUCUCCGCUGCAGACCUGCAAACCGACACCACCGGCGGACACUUUGACGGCGACUUUUGGGAGUCGGAAGACGGCCACAUGGUCAUGUACGUCGGCGGCGCGACGCUGGUGUACGACGUGGUCAUCGAGUCGAUCGAGACGUUCCUCAUCUUUGCGAGCGACGCGUACGACUAUCUCCGCCACGACGCUGGCUGGGUAUCGGUCCUGGCGCUUACUUUGGUUAUCCGGUUCAUCCUCGGUCUCGCGCUCCUCGGCUCGAUCAGCUUCCUCACCUUGCUGGGCUCGCUGUCGCUGUUCGCGCCUCUGCAGCUCAUCCACACUCUGCGCGGCACAGGCCUCUUUGACGGUAUCCGCCGCCGCAUGAGUGGCCGCAACGGCACCAUCCUCGUCGUCACGUUUGUGCUUAUCGGCAUUUUCAACAGCAUCGUGCAAGUCUACGACAUCGUCCAGUCCCUCACGCUCAAGAUGCUGCGGUAUGUCGAGACGCAGAUUGUCGAGGUCAACUCCCCCGAGGGUUUGCGCGCACGCCAAGAGCAACACGUCCCCGGGUGGUGGGGCCGGUGGUGGGCCGAGCGUCGUUGGAGGACGAUGAGGGGAUGGUACGAGGUGUGGCUCCGCGGAUGGGUCAACGUCAAGGAGCGUGUGCGACAGUGGAGGGCCGGACCAGCUUUGGCUUGA